GAGGGUGAAUGUGUGAGGGAGGGAGGAAGAGUGAGCUUGUCAGUGAGGGAGGGAGAAGCAGAGUGUAAGCAAGACUGUGCCCAGACACAUACAGACAGCACAGUCCAAGGAGAAAGACAUGGGUGGAGACGCUGACUGGGUGGAAGAGAAAAAAGAAGGGAGAGAUUGAGAAAGCGAUAGAAGAACGACAUACCAGAGAUUCCCUGGCUGCCAACCCUAGCUAUCAGCCAUUACCUUCUCCCAUCUGCGUAGAUACAGCAGAAACCUCUGGAUUAUUUACCAGCCUCUCUCUGUGAGUGUCUGGGUUUGCUGAGCUCAACAUGCUGCUGCUGCGGUGGUGUCCUGCUGGUGUCAGUGUCAGUACUGCAGGCUGGAUCUUGCUGGGGCUGACUCUGGAGCUGUCUCUACCAGUCACAGCACUAUCAGAACCAGACCCAGGCUUCUCCCUCUGCAGACAGAGCUUCUACAGACAGACCCCCCCUCUGGGCCUCUCCGGAGGUGGGGGGGCUCUCCUGACCCCCCUCUGUCACAGGCUGUCAGGGGGACAGUCGUUCGCCACGCUCUACCACCCGACCUGUGACGCAGCUGUUUACUCUGCCUUCCAUCUCAGUCAAGGAUGGGGGGGGAGAGGAGGAAAGGAGGAGGGGGUAAGGGAGGAUUAUUUCAUUUCUAUUAUGUAGAAACAGUGGAAUCAUUGUCAUGCAUGGACUGCGUAAGCACUACCUUGUACAGUUUAGUGUACAUUCUCAACACAAUCACAAGUUACAGCGGACAUGAUCAAACCAACAGUAUACCACUCUUUUCCUCCAGCUGUAGUACAAGAAUGUUUUUGCGAUAUGAAACUUGUUCAAGUGAAAGGAAACUCUUGUCCUGUAGAGGCAGUUAAUUUACUGUUGAAAUCAACGUUCCAUGCAAACCUGGCCUUGUUUCAACAAGUCAGAGUUAACAGAAAGAUGAAUGUGAACAACAGUUUGAUAUUUGACUCAGAUGUCUGUCAGUGGACAAGCUCCCUAACACUCACAAGACUAGAAUGGUCUGCAUGGUAUAUUAUUUCUGCCAUGACUCCUGAGUAAAAGACGUCCUCCUCUACCUACUCUAUUUACAAACUGCAUUGAUACUGAAUGUAUUUAUAAUGUACAGUAGGCUUUACCCAAAUAAAGGCCAAACAUACAUUUAUCAUGAUGUCAAUACUAAUUGCAUUAGUGAUUCAAUAUGUGCACUUCGACUCAUGAUUCCAAACCUAUCUCCUAGACAGAGAAGGAGGAAGAGGACGAAGGGUCCCAGAGUCCCCCCCUGGUGAUGACCCCAGCCCUGCUCCGAGGGGAUGUGGCGGGGGGUAAACCCCAAGCUCGCUCUGACUCUCCCCUCCACCAGUGGGACUCCCUGGUCACAGAGCUGAUUCAGAGCAGCGUCCUGCCCCACUGUGGCUCCACAGGGGGCCAGCUCUACGUCCUGACAGGAGCCACGGGGCUCAGGCUGGGGCCCGGGGUGGAGGAGGGUGGGGAUGAGGGGUGUGAGGCUGGGGUGCAGUGGUCUGCAGUGUGCUGUGCUGGCCCAGAGGGACAGAGUGGGUUCAGUGUGGGGGUAGUGAGAGAGACAGGGGGAGGAGGGGAGAGGGUGGUGAGUGUUAAGGAGCUGGAACACAUGAUUGGAGUGACAGAUCUAUUUUCAGAGGGUUGCGGGGAAGCAGAUGGGGACACGGAGGGAGACAUAGUGACACUGCUCAGUGAUGCGAUGGUUGGAGUCGUAGAAAAGCAGAGAGCAGCCGCAAGGCCAGACGUCAUUCAGGAAACACUAGAUGAGACUACUGACCGAAGCAUAGAGGCACUAACUGCCGACACAGAACCUCUCAUCACUCCCUCAGUGGACAACGAGACACUGGCCUCCGAGUCGGACACAGAGUCGUCCGGCAGCACUCUGGUGUAUAUCAUCACCUCCUCUGUCUCCCUGCUCAUCGCCCCACUACGCCCUGUAGUCUCCACCCUCAUCGGGAUCCCUGGACAGGUGAUUACUGAUGGAAUACAAUACUGUGAUGGUUCCAUAUCCUGUAUAUAUCCUUUUAUAUUUCUGAUCACAAAAAUAUGUUUCUGUUAUAACAGACAAUAUCUUGAAACAGAACAUAUCUUCUCGUCUAGGUGGCCUUUGUCCUACAGGAGGACCUGGGGGUCCUGUCUGCCCUGCCAGGUGACACCCUCUCUGUGUUCUACAACAUGGCGUCUGACCUGGUGUCUGGGGUCGGCUCAGUCACAGGCCUGAUACUUGGUGUGGGGGAGAUGUGCUUCUCCACUCUGUACUGCAUUACAACCCCUCUGGUGGGCUCCCUGUUCACCAGCUGCCAGGACGGGGUCACAGGGGUGGGCACCCUGGCCUGGGAUGGGGUGGGCAUAUUCGGGGGGAUCGUGGACAAUGCCUGGUGGGUGUCCAGGGUGGUUGGGGACCAGGCGUGGGAGCAGGGUGGGGGGUAUGUGGGGUCGGUGGUGUCUGAGAUGGGAGGGCAGAUGAAGGUGGUUGGUGGGGGGAUGGGGAAGCUGGCGUGGAGGUGUGGGAACGGGGUGGGGAACGUGGUAAGGAUGGCAGGGGGGCUAGUAGUAGGAAGCGUGGAAACGGUUGUGGAGAAUGUGAUGGAGGCCUUUGGGCAGGACCAGAACUGUGGGUGGUUUGGGUCUACAGAGAAUGUUAAUCAAUAACGUUGCAGAUUUUUUUGCAAACCUUGAAAAUUGUAUAUUUUGUUCUUAUAAAUUAUGUAAAAAUGCACCAGAUAGCAAGAGAGAAUUGAUGUGUAUGCUGCAAUGCCAAUGCCUCUAGCUAAGCUGUCUACCACAAACGCAUAGUUCGGCACACAACACAUUUUCAUAUUGUUUUACUCCCUAAAGUAGAUUACUUCAACUUCUACUACUUCUUAGUUGUAAAGAAGCAGGAUCCCAAAAGACUAAAGCUGAGAUGAAUGGUAUAUGUGUCAGAAAGAGAAGUAAUGAACUCCUGAGUGGUGCAGUGGUCUAAGGCGCUGCAUCGCAGUGCUAACUGUGCCACUAGAGAUCCUGGUUCGAAUCCAGGCUCUGUCGCAGCCGGCCGCGACCGGGAGACUCAUGGGCGGCGCACAAUUGGCCCAGCGUCGUCCAGGGUAGGGGAGGGAAUGGCCGGCAAGGAUGUAGCUCAGUUGAUAGAACAUGGCGUUUGCAACGCCAGGGUUCGAUUCCCACGGGGGCCAGUAUAAAAAUAUAUGUAUUCACUAACUGUAAGUCGCUCUGGAUAAGAGCGUCUGGGUGUGCUGAUCAAUUACAAUAUGGUAUUAUUUUGGGGAAACAUGCGUUUACUGUGUGAGUUCACAUGAUGUUACUUUAUGAACUUUAUGCUUGCUUGAUUAAAAAAUGAUAAUUGAUUGAUCACAUUCACUCAGAUUAGUGCAAUUUAUUUAUUUGUGAUUCAUUCAUUCAUUUGUCUAUAAAUAUAUUUUGCCUUGAAGCUGGCUCGUUUAAUUUGCACAUUCGUAACACUACGAUAAUUGAUCUGAGUGAGAGUCUGGACAAAUGUCAUUGUCAAUUUGGAAAAGGCAUUCUUACAGGCCGCCUUGGUGUGGCGGAAAUGAAUCGGACCAAAGGGUCCUUCGAACCAAACAUGUGGGUCAAUUGCAUCAGACGGCCAACCACUGGAAUACGCUGCUUAUCCGGAACUCAUGAGUUGACGUCUCUUUCUUCUUCAUUCAAAGGUAUGGGCAACUUUUACAAGUGCCAUUUAGUUUUAAAUUAUAUGGAAACUUUGUGUACGUAAUUAAUUGUGUAAGGCAGGCGAAUAACUGCCAUUGUUUCGGUAAAAAGCUGAGGGAUGGGGCUGGUGAAAUGUAACAAUUCUCAAAUUCAUAGAUAGAGCUAUGGAUGCAAGGACUGACCAUUCAUGAUAUCAACAUGAUAGUUUUAACCAUUUUUUGAGGCUAUAUAGUGUUUGUUUACAUUUAGCUACUUUGUUUACAAACAUUGGAGUAAAACAAGCAUAUAUUUUGGGUUCUGAUGGUGCACACAGUUGAACGAAGCUCAUGAGGCAUUUAGCUAUAAGUUAUAUUUUUCAAGAAUGAAUGAGUACACAUUUACUUAAAAUUGAUAUUGCAACUGCAGAUUGUCCCUUUAACGUUACAGCUUGCCAAAGCUGAUGAUUAGUUAGCCGACUGAACUCCACUCAUAAACUUCCUUCACCAUGGAGUGGAGUUUAGUCCGCUAAUGGCUAGCUAGCUAGUAGGUUAGCAUGCCUUUCCAGUUUGACAGAUUUGUUGCAUUAGAAAAUAGCGCAUGAAUCGUGGCAUAGCCAUCUGCGCACAUCUCUGUUUGUGGAACUGUCUGUUUACUUCCCAGAUUUGUAGCUAACGUUAGCGUUUGUUACUUGCCAGAGAUGUAACGUUAGUAUAGCAUAACUUAAGUUAGCAAAACAAACAUGCCCAAAACAGUAACGGUACUGACUACUGUUAUGUAGCUAGGCUGCUAGCAAGCUAGUUUUAGCUGAGAUUGAUGAGCUCACAAGGAUAUCAUGACUUGUGAAGUGGUUUGCAUCCAAAUACACCUCUAUACUAUUUAAUGAAGCUAUGGAAGCGUUAUCAUUUGCCUGCCAUUAUAUUGUCUGACACACCCAUCUCCCUCAUCAUUCUCUCCCCUCUCCUAGGGAUGGCUUCGCUCUACGUCUCCCCCCACCCUGACGACUUCAGGAGCCUCAUGGCCCUGGUCGCUGCAGAGUUCUGCCCCUCUCGGCCCUGCACACUCAUAGAGGACCCUCCUGCUUCCCUGGCCCUGCGGUCUCGCCCCAGCUUGGUGCUGGGCUCUGGGGGAGGUGAGGUGCUCUCUGGGGCCAGUGCUGUUGGAUGGUACCUAGCCUCUCAGGGGAAGAAGACAGGGUUGAAUGCUAAGCAGGAGAGUCAGGUGUGGCAGUGGCUCAGCUUUGCAGACAAUGAGCUGACUCCUGUGUCCUGUGCUGUGGUGUUCCCACUGCUGGGGGUGAUGGGACUGGAUAAGAAGGUGAGGGAGAGGGUCUCACCACUGGCAGCAACCCAUGCAGUCACAAACACAAAAAUAGGAGUAUAAUGGUGAAUAUUUACUUAAUUUCAAAUGAUUGGGACUAUGGGAUUGAUUGAACAAUGACAAAGCAAGGGGAGGGAACACUAAUCUGGAAUAAAACACAGCCCAAGGCAAAUUCCUGUGUUAACAUUGUUGAUUGUCAAUUGUUUUUUCUGAUUCUGAUGAUUCCAUGCAGCUUCAGCAGAGUUCUCAUGCUGAGAUGAUGCGCGUGCUAAACAUUCUCGAUAAGAACCUGGAGCCUAGAACAUUCCUGGUGGGAGACAGCCUCACUCUGGCCGACAUCGCUGUGGCAACCGCAGCACUCCUGCCCUUCAAAUAUGUGAGCCAAGUCUUUAUGUUAACGUUUAUAUUUUUAUCUUAAGUGUAUAUGUUUAUCAUCUUCCUCAUUCUUUAAUGUUAGGAAGAAGUGAAAGUAUUUGUCUUCUGUUAACAGACUGUCUGGUAAGUGAGUGCUGGGGUGUAUUCAUUACGUCUUGCAACAGAACCUGUUUACCGUUUAAGAACCAAAUGGAGCAAGCAGAACGAAACGGGGGGCCUACCUGCAUUUGUCCUAUAGAAACACUUGUUUUCGUUGUAUAAAACAUUUCCCCGUUUGGAGUAAACUGUUUCUCUUGCGAAACAUUUUGCAACAGACAAAACGUUUAGCAACAGAAUCGGCGUAAUGAAUACACCCCAGUUGUAAAGCUGAUGUCACACGAAGCAAUCUGUAUGCAAUUUCUGUUGCAGAUUGCAAGUGUCAUCAUCUCAAGCAACUUUGCUGAUACACAAAGCAACUCGACUGAAAUUGCAUGCAACAUCCAAUGUAAGAUCUACCUGUUUCGCAUUGUUUGUUUGAACUCCAAUAACAUUCCUCUUAUUAUGUUAUUCUAGGCCGUGGAGCCGUCCAACAGGAAAGCCCUCACCAACGUGACCAGGUGGUUUCUGACCUGUGUCAACCAGCCUCAGUUUGUCAAGGUCCUGGGACAGAUCUCUCUGUGUGAGAAGAUGGUGCCCGUCACACCCAAACCCAGCGUUGCAACUGUUCCUGCUGCUAACGCCAAUCCAACUGCUGAUGCCAACGCUGCCAAUGGUAAGGGGCUUAGGCCAUGUCUUUGACUGUGAGUAACUUGUCUGGUAGUAUGUGUUAAAGAUGCACUAUGCAGAAAUUGCUCCCCCAUUUCCUGGUUGCAAAAAUUAUAAUAGUGCGCCUAAUUUCAGUUUAUACAACAUAACAUAACGUGUAGCUCAGUUGGUAGAGCAUGGCGCUUGCAACGCCAGGGUUGUGGGUUCGUUUACCACGGAGCCAGUAUGAAAAAAUUAAAAUGUAUGCACUAACUGUAAGUCGCUCUGGAUAAGAGCGUCUGCUAAAUGACUAAACAACAAGCCAGUAUAGUGUAGAGAAUCAUUGUACCAUCUAAACCACUGUGAAAUAUAUUUUCCAUAACCAAAAAUAUUGUAUUUUCAGCUGUUUGAAGCUGGUGUACAAAACCGAAAGUAAAAGAUGCAAAAACUAAACUUGAGUACGGGAAGCAUAGAAAUAGCGCAGGUAGAACAGAUCUACCGCUUCUUAGACCUGCUUUCAAUGAGAAUGGCAGAUCUAUAACGCACAUUUCUAUGUGAAUUUGGUCGGGUCGCCCGAAAAGUUACAUGUUGCAGCUUUAAGAAUUUGCAAACAAUAUGGAAUCAAUAAAAUGACAAAAGCACCUUCAAUUCGAUUGUAUAUUGCAUGCAAUAAAAACAUUAUAAUAAUUGUGAGUUGACUCGUAUAUCUGCAAAGUUGCUUGAGAUGUCAUUUGCAACCUGCAAAUGCUACAGAAAUUCUGCCCAAGUUUCUUUGUGUGAGAUCAGCUUUAGAAUGAAGAAUAACUUUAUUAUCCUGAAGACCAACAGUGUUUUCUUGUCAAGCUGUAAAUGAAUGGCCAAUCAGUUUCAGUUUUCACAACAUUUGGCAUCUUAUCAGUUAGGUACAUUUAUUUUCUGGAUACAUAGCAGCAUGAGUGAUUCCUUGUGUGUGUGUGUGUGUGUCAGCCUGUGUUUGUUUGUGUGUGUGUUAUUCUCAGAAGUGUGUUCUCUCUCUCUCAGGCAAACCAAAGACAGAAGCUCAGCUGAAGAAGGAGGCUAAAAACAGAGAGAAGCUGGAGAAGUUCCAAAAGAAGAAGGAGAUAGAGGAGAAGAAAAAGCAAGAAAGGAAACUGGCACCCCCGACAGAGGUAUGAAGAUGGAUAGAUGGCUGGUUUCAUUUCUCAUUUUCACUGUUGCAAAGACCAUUGCUGUCUGGAUCAACUAGAAAACACAACUAAAGAGGAACCCAACAAGAUGAUGAUCCUUAAAGUAUACUCCCUUUACUGUUUUUACAGCCUAGAUAAUGUAAUUCAGUAGGUGUCUGGCCAAUAGGUCUCAUCAGUCUCAUUCUGGUCUCUCUCCAGAAAAAGGCCAAACCAGAGAAGAAGGACCUGGGAGUGAUCUCAUACGACGUUCCCACUCCUCCUGGAGAGAAAAAAGGUGCUUAUUAACCAUAGAAUUAGGAAUUAGAAUAAUUUAAUAGGAUCUCUGUUAUUAACCAUGUUUAAUCCACCACUCUCUCUAUUAUACUCACUUUUGUGUGUUGUGCAUAUUAAACUCCUCUCUCUCCCUGUGUCAGACGUCCUGAGCCCCCUGCCAGACUCGUACAGUCCUCAGUACGUGGAGGCAGCCUGGUACUCCUGGUGGGAGAAGCAGGGAUACUUCAAGCCUGAGUACGGGGUGAGACUGUCACACUCUUUAUGUAUUUAAUAGUUUAUGCUUGUUUAUGAAAUGUGACAUUUAACCAACCCAUGGCUUUGAGGUCUCAAUCAAGCUAUUAUGAUGCUCCUAUAUUCUUCAGCGGAAGCGUAUCAGUGAGCCAAACCCCCGUGGAGUCUUCAUGAUGUGUAUCCCUCCGCCCAAUGUGACGGGAUCUCUUCACUUAGGCCAUGCCCUAACCAACGCCAUCCAGGACUGUCUGACCAGAUGGUAAUGGGAUUCUCUAUCUGAUUACACCAAUCUGCUCUCUCUCUUUCUAGCAGUUUGUUUUCACAUCCUUUCACCAAUCUCACUCUAUCUUUCUUCUUUCUACCAACCUCACACUUUCUCUUUCAUUCCCUCUCUCACUGUCUUGCGUUCUCUCUCUUGCUGUCAUGACACUACGUGUCCCACUUCUCUCCACCUCUCUCAACAUUCAUGUCUUGUCCCAUUGUAAACAUUCUGUAGUCUUUAAUCUAAUUCUGUCCUUAUCGCAGUAUGAUGAUGCGUUUCCUGUUUCCUCCCUCUCCCCAGGCAUCGUAUGCGUGGCGAGACGACCCUGUGGAACCCAGGCUGUGACCACGCGGGCAUCGCCACCCAGGUGGUGGUGGAGAAAAAGCUGAUGAGGGAGAGGGGCAUGAGCCGACACGACCUGGGGAGAGACCGGUUCAUCCAGGAGGUCUGGAAGUGGAAGAACGAGUGAGUGGAGGGAGAGGAGAGGGAGAAGGAGAGAGGGUUUCAAAAGAAAGAACAACAAUAGUAGAGAAAGUAAGAGCUAGAAUUUCUCCCUUUCUUCCCCUUCCUUCCUCCCUCCUUCUCUUUCGUCCUCCCUGUGCUGUGUUGUAGGAAGGGAGACCGUAUCUACCACCAGCUGAAGAAGCUGGGUUCCUCUCUGGACUGGGACAGAGCCUGCUUCACUAUGGACCCUGUGAGUUCACUAUCAUUUCCAUUACCUUACACUUUACAUUACCUAUCACCUUUUACUGUGUCGUCAUGGACAACUCAUGAGACAUUUAUUAGUCUAAUACAUAAAGUACUAUGUCUAGACUGAGCCUUUACCCAUGUUGUAAUGUUCCCAAUACUAAACUAUUGUGACUCCAUCUCUAGAAACUGUCCUAUGCAGUCCAGGAGGCGUUCAUUCGUCUGCAUGAGGACGGUGUGAUCUACAGGAGCAAGAGGCUGGUCAACUGGUCCUGCACCCUCAACUCUGCCAUCUCGGAUAUAGAGGUAUGAUUCUGUUGCAAAAUAUUUUAAACCGUUUUGAAACGUCCAUUCUGUUGCAUGCCGUAAUGAACACCCCCAUGAUGCUGUGUUGUUCUCCAGGUGGAUAAGAAGGAGCUGACUGGCAGGACUCUGCUACCCGUGCCUGGCUACAAGGACAAGGUGGAGUUUGGAGUACUGGUCUCCUUCUCCUACAAGAUAGAGGGAUCAGGUAAGAAAUUGAGAGAAAAGGGGAAAGAGUAAUUUUGGGCUGGGGAGGUACAGGGACAGGGCUUUAUCGUGAGUGUUUCUGUCAAUUAUGUUAAUUGAUCUCUCCCUUCCAUUUUUUUUCUCCCUCACGUAUUUCUGUCUUCUUUUAUUAAAUGUCUCACUAUGUCAGAUGAGGAGGUGAUUGUAGCGACCACUCGUAUAGAGACCAUGCUGGGAGAUUCUGCUGUGGCCGUCCACCCUGCCGACCCCAGAUACCAGGUCUCUACAACCUACACACACACAUACACAUGCCCUGCCGACUCUACAACCUUCCAAUAGAUGCAUUCUUUGGGAAAAUCCAUAAAAUGUUAUGCUUUCUUGACAUUUAAAUAUCGUUUUGAUGAAUGUUUUUGGCAUUCUUAUUGAGAACUAACAUGUUUUGGUUUAUGUGUCUCUCAGCACCUUAAAGGGAAGAUGGUGCUUCAUCCCUUCUGUGACAGGAAGAUGCCCAUCGUGUUUGAUGAGUUUGUGGACGUCAACUUUGGAACAGGUACUAACCAUGCUGUGUGGCCAUGUGGCUUCCCUGGAGUAGUCUGGUGGUCCAAGGUACACUGUUGGUUUGUAUGGUUGAGCUGUACUAAACCUUUUCUCUAUCUCUCCCUCUCUUCUCAUAUAUCUCUCCCUCCCUCUCUCCCCGUUCUCUCUCUCCUCUAGGUGCUGUGAAGAUAACCCCAGCCCAUGACCAUAAUGAUUAUGAGGUUGGAAACAGACACAACCUGGCCUUCAUCAACAUCCUGGAUGAGAACGGCCUGCUCAUCAACGUGCCGGCUCCAUUCCUGGUACAGUACACUCCCACUUCUUCUUCACUGGAUCUUGUCUUCAUGCCGUCUUAGUAGUUGAGGUGUAUUGUCGCUCUUCUUCCUUAACCUCCUUGUUGUUCUGUGUGUUCUGUUUGGUAACAUCCUCUCUGUUUUUCUCUGCCUACCUCCUCUCUCUCUCUCGCUUUCUCUCUCUCUCUCGUGUCUCUCUCUCAGGGUAUGAAACGCUUUGAGGCGAGGAAGGCUGUGCUGCAGGCUCUGAAGGACAGAGGCCAGUUCAAGGAGACCAAAGACAACCCCAUGGUGGUGCCUGUCUGCAGGUGUGUUACGAUCAGUCCACAUUACGAGCACAUAAGCACAGAUAUUCCAGUCUAGUCAAUGUGCAUUCCUUUUUUCAGCUUCACACGCAUCAGUGGGUGAAAUGUGGUCACGUCUGUGUGCAGGUGUGGGAGCGUGUUAGUGAGAAAAUUAUGGAUUUGAAUAGUAUUGAAUGUGAGUGUGUUUCCCCUCUCUCCAGUCGUUCUAAGGACAUAGUAGAGCCCCUGCUGAAGCCUCAGUGGUAUGUAAACUGUGCUGACAUGGGCAAGCAGGCAGCUGACUCGGUCCGGGAGGGAAGACUCAAAAUCAUCCCAGACCACCACCAUAAGACCUGGUUCAACUGGUUGGACAACAUCAGGUAGGUUUACUCUACACCCCUCCAUCCCAGUCCCGUCCUCUCUCUCCAUCACCUCCAUCCCAUCAUCUCCUUUCUGGUUCUGUUUUUCUCUUCCCUCUAUACCUCUCUUUUGUCAUCAGUCGUUCUGUCAGUCUUUACUUUCUCUUUCCUCACUCUCCUUCCCGUCCUACUCUUUAAUGUGCUCCAUCUCUCGACGCAUUAGAAGGUGAGACAGCACAUUUUCACCAUUAUAGAAAUAAGUGUAUUACAGAUCCUAGUUAAAAACAGGUAGCACCUCUACUCCAGUUGUUGGUUUGAGCACCAAACCCCUUUUCUUCUUUAGUGUUUCAUCUGUCACCAGUUGUGCUCAGGUUUCCUCACCCUCUUAUUAUGUCUUACAUAUUCACUUGAACUCAUCCACCUCUGUCCCUUCCUCCCAGGGACUGGUGUAUCUCUCGUCAGCUGUGGUGGGGUCACAGAAUCCCAGCCUACUUUGUCACUGUGAACGACCCUUCGGUCAAACCAGGAGAGGUAAGAUCCAUCUCUCUCUUUCUCUCUCUCUCAUUCUCUGUGUCAUUUAAGUCACACCUGUCCUAACAACCCAUGCCCCAUCUCUCUGGCUUCACUCUCCCUUCUCCCUCCCUCCUGUCCUCUAGGACAUGGAUGGUCAUUACUGGGUGAGUGGGAGGACAGAGGAGGAGGCCAGAGAGAAAGCUGCCAAGCGCUUCAACGUCUCCACUGACAAGAUCACCCUCAGACAGGGUAAGAUCUUCUCGCAAAUGAUGUUAAUUUACAGUGUAAUGUAGUAUUCUGCCCAUUGCCCAGUGAUUUUUGUUCACUUCCUGUGUUACAGAUGAGGAUGUCCUCGACACAUGGUUCUCCUCUGGUAUUUUCCCCUUCUCCAUCUUCGGCUGGCCCAACGAGGUGAGGCUGUGUGUGUGUGUGUGAGGCUGUGUGUGUGUGUAUUAAAGUUGUUAACAUAUGCUUUCCAUACUUCCUGUAUUGAUGAUAUUGAAUGUGUGGGUAAGGUGUCUAGAGCUGAGUGUGUAAUACCCUCUGUGUGUAUAAAUGUGUUUUCUCUCUCUGUCCAGACCCAGGACCUGAGUGUGUUCUACCCAGGCACCCUGCUGGAGACGGGUCAUGACAUCCUGUUCUUCUGGGUGGCCCGCAUGGUGAUGAUGGGCCUCAAACUCACCGGCAAGCUGCCCUUCAAAGAGGUACGGCUCAUUUAGAAGUAAUGGCGUGUUGCCUCUGACCGGUGUAGCAUGUGUCAUUGAUUACAGUGGGGACAGCCAGUAUAGUACAGGUAAUGUCGCAAAACGUGCCAAUUCUACUGGUAAAGAUACGUACAGACUUUAGUUACUAGAAAUCCUCUGUUAAAAUCUGUGUUAUUGGUCAGAUUUAAAGCCAGCAUCACAGGUUUCCCACAGGGUCCAGUAUGAAAUAAUAAUAAUAAUGUAUGCACUCACUAACUGUAAGUCGCUCUGGAUAAGAGCGUCUGCUAAAUGACUAAAAUGUAAAUGUAAAUGUAAUGUCUGUGUUUGUUACUAGGUGUACCUCCAUGCGGUGGUGAGGGACGCCCAUGGGAGGAAGAUGAGCAAAUCUCUGGGGAACGUCAUCGACCCUCUGGACGUCAUCACAGGCAUCUCUCUGGAGGUAACACAUACACAUGCUUUAUUAAGCAGCUAUUCCAGCUCAUUCCAGCUCUAUUGAGGCCAUGUAUCUAUCUCUCCUAGUGUUGCUCCCUCAAACAGAGCUGAGCUGAUUAGGGUUUGGAGGUAUCCACAUGUUCUUACCGUCAUACCGUUUCUGUACCAUACCGGGGUAUACAGUAUUACCGGAAAUGCACACAAGGGGCGCAAAACUAUUUAGGCAACACAGAUCUUGAUCCAGGAGGGGAUUGAAUGUGACCAAUAAGCUGUAACCAAGAAGCUUGAUCUUGACAUCUAGCCACUUAGCUAGCAAGUUAGCAAACCAAAUGCAUAGCUGGAGCCCUGAGCUGGAUGUAAUUUGUUUGACACAUCUUAGGUUUCUUAUAGCUAUACCUAACUUAUAGUUAAAAGCAGUGGCAUAGCACGCAGCCCCCUGCUGAAAUACCCCGGUAUACGGUAUAAACGGUAUAUCGCCCAAACCUAGAGCUGAGUCAACCCUCUAGAGCAGUGGUCACCAACCUUUUUUGAGUCAAGGUCACUUUCGUAGUCAAAAAGUAAGCCGAUAUCUACCGCUAAAAAAAAUAAAAAAUAAAAAAUGUAACCUAAUAAAGACAGUUCUGUAGGAAUGAGGUUUGUGCAGUAGGCCUAAUGCCUUAUCACAGCAUAUUGGCUAUAUGCCUGGCCUGCCAAUAUGGUUCUUCUCAGACCAUAUUAUAUUUAAAAACUCUAGCUUUGAUAACAAAAUAGAUCAGUUUGUAUAGCACUUGCGAGGCACAACUGUGCAUAAAUUGAGAUAAUUUGCAAAUAAUGAGGUUUUAUUUUUAUUUUACUGGACUGUGGUACCUGCAUCUAAUGGUAAUGGUGCUUUCAAGACAACUGAAGAAAAAAAAAAAAAGAGGUCAAAUCAUGACGUUAGUGAUCUUCAGGUCGGAAAGUCAGAGCUCUAGAAAGAUGCGAAGUUUCCGACUUGGAAUUCAGAGUUGGAUGAUCAUUCAAAACGAUUUUUUCCCAGUUGGAUGUCGUUUUUUUCAGAGUUCCCUGUUGUUUUGAACAUGGCAUUAGCCUCAGCGAAGGGAGGGAGAGAGCAGCAGAGGGUCCGCCUCUCACGGUCCCUGCUCUAUUCCUCGAUAUUAAAAUAGACACUACGAGCUGCUAAUAAUAAAAACGCAGGGCUAUCGAUACACUUGGCUACUCGUUCAUUGCAGCUGCAGUGCGAGUGGAAGUAGGGAGAAGAGUGUUUUAUGUUUUGUAAUAGUGUUGAAUAAAAACAGUGUUAACAGUACUGAAUAAAAACUUCGACAUGAACUCACUCAUAAAAACAGCAGCUCUUUGCUGUAUUCUUUGACAGUCUCUGUGGUCAUGAUUUUAAAAGUUAUGAAAUCUCUUGUAGGCUAGGAUCAAACUUUGCUGUAGCCGGGGUCGUGGAAGCUGUAGACACAGUGAUUUGAGCUAUCCAAAUUGCAAGCGCGGUAGGCGCACUCGAUUUAGCCACAGAUCUCCCGGCCUGCUGGGUAGGCGGAGUGUGUCUUUUCAGACAAAUGAAAUGGCAGCACAUACUUACCAAAUCAGGUGUAUUGAGGAACCAACUAUGUAUUUUGCUAUGUUGAAUCAAGGUGUCAUGCAUUUAUGUUGUCACAAAGCUGUUGAACAGCAAGUGUGGUUAAGGGCCGAGAACGAAGCACCAGGACACAGAGAGAUGUAUCUCUGCUGACCCUUUGUUUGUGUGUGUGCGCGUGUGUGCAGGGUCUGUAUGCCCAGCUGCAGGACAGUAAUCUGGACCCAGUAGAGGUAGAGAAGGCCAAGCAGGGACAGAAGUCUGACUACCCCACUGGUAUCCCAGAGUGUGGCACAGAUGCCCUCCGCUUCGCCCUGUGUGCCUACACCAGCCAAGGUGCACCACUCACUACUGCCAUCUGGUGGUGUUGGCAGUGUCAUGUUAUGGCUGGAAUGGCAUGUACACACCAACACUACACUUUCUUUUUCCUCUCUCCCCCUCUGGUCUUUUCCGUGUUCUCACACUCUUAACUCUCUCAGGCAGGGACAUUAACAUGGAUGUGAAUCGUAUCCUUGGUUACCGUCACUUCUGUAACAAGCUGUGGAAUGCUGUGAAGUUUGCCAUGAGGACGCUGGGAGACAACUUUGUUCCUUCAGAGAAAGCCCAGGUGAGAACUCUACUACAGUAUCUUUAUCUAAGCCUAUUCAGUGUGUGCAUACUGCAGUGUCAUGCCCAUGUAAAUGAAGGAAAAUAAACUUGCUUAGAGAAAAUGCUCUUAAUUUGAUACAGUUAAUCAGUGAGUGAAUACAUGUCUUUGUAUGAUAAAAUGGUAUUUAGGUUUAUAUCUCUGUAAAAUAUCAAAUGAUCCUUCUCCUCCUGUCAGCUGUGUGGGGAGGAGAGUGUGUCAGACCGGUGGAUUCUGUCCCGUCUGUGUACUGCUGUGGGGCUGUGUAAUGCAGGGUUCCAGGCCUACGACUUCCCAGCUAUCACCACAGCUAUCUACAACUUCUGGCUCUACGAGCUCUGUGACGUCUAUCUGGUGAGAGUCUGUUUGCCUGUCUCUCUCUGCCCGUCUCUGUCUGUCAGUGCGAAAUGGUGUGAGAAUCUGUGUGAAAGUGGUGUGUGUGUGGAAUUAAUAUAUUGCCACUCCUUAACUUCCCGCUGUCUACCUUCAUCCUCGGCCCUCCCCCCUUCUCUACCUUCCUCCCUCCUCACCGCUCCAGGAGAGUGUGAAGCCAGUGUUCUCCAGGGCGGAGGAGGACAGUGGGUCUCAGAGCCAGGCUGUAAUCUGCAGACAGACCCUAUUCACCUGCCUGGAGACCGGCCUGCGCCUCCUAGCUCCCAUCAUGCCCUUCGUGGGCGAGGAGCUCUACCAGAGGUUGCCACGUCGACGAUCCCAGGGCGGCCGCCCUAGUAUCCAUGUCACGCCCUACCCUGAGACUGAGGAGGUGAGGAGGGAGGGAUUCGAGGGACUGAACUUUAUAUUGAUACACUGAAUGUCUGUAUAAUAAACCACAGGGCAUGUGUUAUCAUAUUGACUGUAAUUUGUGGUUUGAGGUGGUUGUCUGACCGUCGUCUCUGUGUGGUCUCUAGUUCUGCUGGCACAGUGAGGAGGUGGACCGUCAGAUGGAGUUUGUGAUGACCGUGGUCCGGACCAUCCGUUCACUCAGGGCCGACUACAACCUGACCAAGACACGCGCCGAUUGUGAGUUCAUACAUGACCACACGCUGACCAUAAGCACUGUACUAUAUGUACUACUUUGUUAUAGCAAGGCUAUAUGACUUAGUGAAAAUUGGCAUAAUUACCUACUUUGAUGACUAGAACACUUCUCCUAGCAUAGUGUUACAUAUUAUAACCAUAUUAUAGCCCUAACUCUUCCCCCCUCCCUCCCCAGGCUACCUCCAGUGUAUAGACAGUGAAACGGUGUCUCUGGUGGAGCAGUACAGUCUGCAGAUCCAGACCCUGUCCCUUUCCCAGACCAUCCAGCCCAUCCCAGCCAACGGGGCCGUCCCAGAGGGCUGUGCUGUGGCCAUUGCCUCCGACAGGUGCACCGUCCACCUCAUGCUCAAGGUAAGAGGUCAAUUUUACAGGCUUCAACCGCACAUUAUUCUGUGUUGUGAUUGGCUAACAGUGUAUAUUAGAGUAAUCCGAUGACUGUGUGCCAAACAGACAUCUGUUUAUUCCCUAGUAACAUUUUGUGUUUCACUUUUUCCUCUGUUUUUCCAACUACGCUUCCUUUUCUUAUCUCCUCAUUGUUAAUAUCUCUCCCUCAUCUCUCUCUCCCAGGGUCUGAUAGACUUGGAGAAGGAGGUGGCCAAGCUGACUGUGAAGAAGGGAGAGCUGGAGAAACAGAUGGAUAAACUGAGAGAAAAGAUGGAUAAGAGUGACUACAAGGAGAAGGUGCCUGUUAAAGUACAGGAGCUGGACGCUGAGAAGGUAAGGAGGGGUGGAGAGGGAGGGAUGUGGUGGAGAAAAUUAGUUAUUACUCAGGUUUUCGUUUUUGGGGAAGUGGGGCAUUCCUACAGUAAAAACAUUUUGCUUGGCUCUGCUUGUAAAGUGAGAUUUCAUCAGCCUCUUCUGAAGUGUGUGGUGACUUGUGGUCCUGCUCUCUAACCCUCAUCUUCCUCUUCCAGCUGCGUCAGAGCCAGACAGAGCUAGAGAAAGCAAAGGAAGCCAUAGACAACUUCAAGAGAAUGAUGUAACCUCCUCCCCCAUCCCCUUUUACAAUAUGGUUUGGUAGAUUUCUUAAGAUAGUGAGCUCCAAAAGUAU